ACUCAACGCUCUCCUUAGGCAGCGCUACAAGUUCCUUCCCAGUAAUCAAGCUUGAGGAUCAACGUAUCAACAACACAUCCUCAAUUCGGCUGUACAACAUGUUCCAUUAAUUGGAAAUGACAUCGUCUUUAAUCAAGCUUGAUGAUAUUUGUUGUGUACAAAUGCUUCCACAUGCUUCAACGCCGUCGAAUGAAAUUCUCCUAAAUAAUGAAGCUCAAGGAUCAACAGAGGCAUCAAUGUAUUCAUGCUUCGAAAACACCGUCAAUUCGUCUUUGACAACAACAUCAACGUCGAUGAUCAACGUAAAGAAUGUCUACAAUAAACACCAAAUUGAUCAUUAUAUCGGCUACGUUCUUUAUCAACAACGUAAAGGAUGUCAGCGCUGUCUUCCUUCUCUUGUCUUGCAUCAUCUUCUAAUCAUUUGUCAGAUAAUUAUUAAGUUUUUUUGGGGCCGUAUUCAUGAACGAUUCUUGAGAACGAACUAGCUGAGUUGGACUUUUCUUGUCUAGCAACUGAGUUGAGUAGGCUACUGCAAUCGUCCAAAGCAUACACUAAGCAUUGUACUAAGCGAAUAAAAUGUUGUAUUUACUUACUUGUUAGACAAGAAGACGUGCUAAGCAAAGUUUUGGUUUAAGCCUCGUUGAUGGAUCCUAACGACUCUUACAAAUAUCGAAUAAUUAUCUGUCAAUUGUCAAAUAAUUUUUUGACAAAUGUUGAAUAAAACUGUGAAAAAUCUUGAAUGGUUCUAUUACAAAUGUAAAUCUGUAAAAUUGUAAUGAUUCUUUGACAAAUAUCGAAUAAUUCUGUAACAAAUUUAGAAUAAUUCGGUGACACUUUGUUGAGCUUCAUUGACAACAUGGUCUACACUCUGUGAUGUUAUUCUUGCGGGUCUCUAGUUAGGUUGUUUGGUUGUAUUUGGUAAAUGAUAUUAUGUAUUUUACUACUAGCCUAGCCAGUUAUUAUGAUGCUAAGAAUACUACUGUGAUUUCCUUAUUCCUAGUUAGUACGUAUGUCUUUGUUUAUGAAUAUUCUUUGUCCUUGUGCUGUAAAAUGGUCAAGUCGUUAUUGUACACGAUCAUUUUUUUUUAAUUUUAUAAAAUAAGAAUUGAUUGAUCAAAUUGAUCUCCUGAAUUAAGCUGCGCACACUAGACAAGCAGAGGGUGGCUUGCUAGAAAAGUUAAGAGUAAGGCAUUUUAAAAACAACUGAUCAAUUUUAAGCUCGUUUAUAGCAUAGACAUCUUAAAACCAACUGAUCAAUUUCAAGCUCGUUAUUUUAUAAAACUUGAUAAAACAUUAAUCGUGUACAAACGUCUUCAUCAAGAGUUUUUGCAGAAUGUAUGUUAUGAAAAUAAUAAUGACGAACAAAAAUUUCUAUGAUUAUUUAUAUUAAACUAUGAUUAUUUUCAAUUGGAAAAAUAAAACUAGACUUCUGCAAGUAUUAACUAGAAGAAAGCCAAAUCAGUUUCAGCACUGAAUAAAAGUUCAGUAUCUUCAUAUUAUGAAACUACAAUCUUCCAAUUUUCAAUAUUGUCUGUGAUUUUGUACUAAAAAUUUUUUAAUAAUUAGGUAGUGUCCUAUCUAUACUGUAUGCUUAUGUAAUUUGGAUUUCCGAUCUGAUAAUUAGUUCGCAAGUUUGACAUUAUUAUUUUUAGGUGGCAUUAUUUUAUGAGGUGUUUAUGUUGAAUCAUUGCUAGUUGUUUUUUAAACUAAAAUUUUCUUGACGAAAUUACUGCAAAAAUGAUCAUGGAUCACUUAUUGAAUUAGAAAAGUUUCAGUGAUUAGUUAUUGUUACUUUUGUGUUUCAAUGUAGCAAGAUUAUGUGGUACCAAAAUUACUGUAAAGUGGGUAAUUAUACCAAAAAAAUACUCAUUCCAAUCAAUACAAGAAAAUAUUGAACUUUAUGACACUUUUGUAUUGUUUUGCUCUUUCAAAUCAUGAGUACUCCCUCUCUCUAAAAGAUUGAAAUUUUCAUGGAUUAUGAAUAUUUUUAACUCAUUCAUACUAUAUUGUAUGAAGAAUCCCUAAAAUAAAUAAUAUAUUGUACUGUGAUGAUAUCCUAAGUAUUACUUUGCAUGUAACUACAUACUUUCCUAUUUUCCGACUCGUAUAAUUUUCUGUAAGCUAUAUCUGUUUGUGUGUUGAGGAUUUAAUUUUGAAUUAUUUUACUGUUAGGACAAUUUAUUGUAAUUUGUUUGUUGUGUUGCUGCAUUUUAUUAGUAGCUUUUGCUUUUUUUGUAUUAUUUCCACCAAAGAUUGUUGGUUUCCUAGAGUAUUUUUUUAGGUACUGUUCUGUAUUUUCUUGUAGAAAAUUUGAUUUAAACAUCACAUUAUUGAUUCCUACAACUAUUUCUGUUGUAUUUUUACAGUGUAUAUUUUUAUUUAGACUUUUAACUUCUAAGAAGUGAUAUCACAAUUGUAUGUACUAUUUCCUAUUCCGUGUAUCUAAUUUUAGACGUUUUUGCAUAAACCUUGCUUUGCAAUGAAUUUUGCUCUGCUGGGUAGAAAGAGAAUACCAUAGAUUCUUACAGAAGAGUUUACACAUUGGCAGACUGCACAUGUGUGUAUACAAAUAAUUGAACUUUAUUCCUGAUAAGGUAAUUGAAAUUUAGUUCUUGGCAAGUUCACUAAUUUGCUAAUUAGAUGAAAAUGUAAAAUUUAUUUCAUCAUAAUGAAAAUGUUAUCAUUUUCAUCAUCACUAAUCAUGAAAUUAUUUUUUUUUUACUAGACGUACAUUCAAGUACAUGAAUGACUCAUGCUACAGCUGCAUUGAUAGUUCAAUUAUCAUUACAUCACUACAUUCUGACCCCUAAGAUAUUAUAUUUUUGAUGGUUCCUAAAAUGUAUCCUAGUUUCCAUUAAUUUCAGUAUUGAAGAACUGUUAGUGCUACAUACUUGUAGAUAAUUAUUUCAAUUCCCUUUCAAGCUUCGAUUUCGCUUUCAUUUUGUAAUAAUUAUACAUAAGAAACCUCAUGCUCUCUCCUUAAGGCUUAUUUUUUUUAUUCAAUUAGCUUUAGAGAUCGAAACAUCUUAUGUUCCUCUUAGAUUAUAUUUUUGUAAAUAUAUAAAUUAUAAGAGAUAGUGAUUAUUGUAAAGUGCCUUCCAAAUAAAUACCUCUACAGUUUCCUGUUAUGAAAACUACUUAGGAAUAUCGUUCAUAGAAACUGUGUAAAUGGUUCUCUGAAACAGUGAAAUCAAUUUACCACUUACGGUUUCAAAAUUUUGGAUGUUUUUAUUUUCCCUGUUAUUUUACUGUUUCAUAAUAUAUGAUCAAUAUCAUCAAGAUGAAUUUUCCUACUUAUUUUUAUUCAUAGUACAAAAUGUUUGCCGUUGUAUUCCUAAGCGAAAUUUUUAUGAUAUUAUGAUAAAUUUAGUAUAGUGACAGAAAAUUUAUUGAUUGUUCCAAUCAACAUUUUCAGUUGAAGAGUUUUUGAUGGCUCGCUUUCUCCAUUGUUCCUAAUUUUUGAAAACUGUUCCUUGAUAGAUUUUAUAACUUAGUUAGCAUUUUUGGCAAAUUAUGAAAGUAGAUGGAUUUAGAUUUACAAAAAUAUAGAGAAAAACUAAGUAUUAUUAUGAGUCUAACAAUAGUUAAUUAGAAACCAAUUAUACCGUACCUACAAACUCUGUCAAAUAGACCCGUUUUCCAUAAAUCCUAUCUACCUCACCAAAUCUCCAAAGACUUUAUAUAUGCUGUCUAUAUAACACAUUUUAAAGCCAAAGUACACUCUGAAUUCAACAAUUUUAUUUCUUCGAGAAUUUUCAUUAUUAAAAUGUCUUUUGACAUUCUAAUCAGAGGUUUAGUGUUAUUAUGUUAGAAUAUAGAUUAGGGUACCAACAUAAUACAAUAGAACAGAAUCCAACAAAUUUAUGAUUAUUUUCAAUUAACAGUGUGCUCUGGAUUUCCAAUCAUUCUAGCUAUUGAAAUAGUAUCUUCCAAUGAAAUAUUACACAAAUAUGUUGUGUUAUUGAAUUAAUAUCAAUAAAAUAUUCGAAACUGAAACAUUAUCUGUUGCUAUCUGUAUGAAAUUAUCAGUUUCAUCAAAUUAUCAUUUCAAAUAAUUAAUUUGAUUUAUUCUGAGGAGUUGUGUUUUCAAAUGAUAUUGUAAUAUACUUGUGUAUGAUAUUUUAGUAAUCGUUUCUAUUUAGUUAACUACCAAAUGCUUGUUCCUAGAAAAACUGUAUGCUUUGUUACCAAUACUGUGUGUUGAUUAUUGUCAUUGGUUUAAAAUAACAGAGAGGCCUACAUAGAUAUUAUUCUUCUCAGGUAAAGUGUACUCUUCCAAAUUCAUAAUUUCUCAAAAAAUCUUGUUGAGAAUCUCAGUUUAGCUUGUUUUUAAAUUCACCUUUUAAUUAUUUAUUUAUAGUGUAUUUUAUUAUAAAUGUGUUGAAAUUGUUGGCUUCAUAGUUUUAGUAUGGCCGCGAAUGUAUAAUGUGAAACAUAGGAAAAUCAUAAUUAUUUAUUAAACUCAGGUGUUGGUUUUUUAAUAUAGUUUAGCUUUACUGUGUUUAUUUACUCUAAUUGAUACUGCUUGUCAUCAUGUAAGAAAUUCAAUUGUCUUUUUGUAAUAAUGUACAGUAUACAAAACAUUAUCAUGUUACACAUAACAUAUAUUUUAGUCUAACUACAAUAUUAUCUAGAACGGAAAAUAGUAAAAUAUCACUUUCUCCCAAUGAUAUUGAUUCUAUAUCAUAUUCAAGACACAAAUAAAUAGAUUCAUUUUUUGAAUUUUAUGUCAACUCAACAGACAGCAGUAUCAAUUAGUUUGAGGCAUUAUUCGGUUAGAUAUUCCUGAUUACAUACAUUGUUGAACCAGGUUCAAAAGUUCCUCUCUAAUUUAUAAUAAUUAAACCCAGUUUGGACAUCACUCACGUUGAAAUUAAUGAUAAUUUAAAUUUUUGCUUAAAAACGUGAGUGUUUCGCUUAGUUCCAUUUAGUUAUUACAAUAAUGUACAGCAAUUGCAUGACCUAUUUAAUGUUAGUUAUUUAAUUAGAUCAUAGUUUAAUGUUUUUUAUCACUUCAUGGGUUUAUAUUUUUAUCGUGAAUUUGAAAUGAGAAACGGACAGUAUUUUUUAUAUUAUUAGUGCCUAGUUUAUUGAUGAGAAACAUUUUUACAGUUUGUAUUUGAAAAUUAUAUUUUCGAACUCUGCGCUUUGAUGUUUCAAUGGUUUUUAUUUGAUUUCCGUUCCUGUAAAUUUUAUUUUGUUCUCAAGUUUACUCCAAUGUUUUCAGACUUCUUGUGAUCACAGAAUUACUAAUCGGUGCAAUUUCUAUUCAUUCAUAUUGAUUCCUGUUCACAGGAAUAUGAAUUCACAGCUGUCUGAAUUCAUUCCAUUCUAGUUAUUUAUCUUAUGAAUAAUAUUCUGUCCAUGAAAUUCGUUAUUUCACUCUGGGUGGAAUUAUAAUUGGAAGUAUUUGUUGCUCUUGAAAUUGAUUUCAGUGGACCCUCUUGUAUGAAAAAAUACUAGCUAAUAUUUCAGUAAUUUCCUAUUCCAAUAACCAACUGAUUACUAAUAUUAUUAGUUUCUAUUUUCUCAUGUAACAGGUAGCUAAUAUUCUUGUCUGCUAGAAUCUUCUAGUAUCUAUAAUAGUCAAUUCAUCUAAGUUGACAAGAAAAUAAAUUAAGUAUUAAUAAAUGGCAUAUUGAAAACUGAAAAUCUUAGACUAAUAGAGAUGGUCUCCAUGUACCCAUAUAUUUUUUCAGAGUGGUGUAGGAUAGUGUAAAGUGGUUUUAGACAACAUCAAUUUUGAAUGCAUUAAAUGAUAUUAAUUCUAUCAUUUUAAUAUUCACCUGACACAAUAUUCAUUGUGGCCAAAGAAUUCAGAUUGAGAAAUACAUUCUGCAUAAAUACCUUCACCUACAGCUAGUAGCUAGUCCAUGUCAAUAUGCAACUCAGUCUAAUAUUCGAAAUUAUAUUUUUUAUAACACCUUUCACAUAUUCAAGAUUAUUAGGAUUAAUAAAUAAUCCACCACAAACAUAGUUCAAAAGAAUGGGCUCUAACUUUUCAAAUUAUGAGUAUUCAAUCAAGAGUAAUCAAUUUGGAAAAUAUGAUAUUCUGAAACAGAAGUAGGCUCAAAUCAGGCAUGAAUCGUGUUCUAUUCUUGCUUCUGAAUUUCUUAUCAAUUUUACAGGUUUCGAAAAAAUGGAGUGAGUUGACCAAAAGGCUACAACAAAUACAAAUUGCAAAGUUUUAGUCUAAGCUUAAUGCAUAAGUUCAUGCAUAAGACAGAUGAGUUCUUAUGAAGUAUGAGAAACAAUGAGAACUAAAAAGGGUGGUGAAAAAAUAAUUUAAAAUCAAUUUCCCAUUUACUUGAUCAUGGAAAAUCAAUUGAGAAUGUAAACCACGUUCACAUGUUGAAACAUUCGAAUAUUGCUGAAAUCUGGGAUAACAUGAAUUUAAUUUCAUCGAUGAAAAUCAUCCAUUGAUGGCUGCCUGUACAAAUGGAUCUAAGAUGCCUGGAUUUUCAUAAGUGAUGCACCAUCGCCUUCUCAUCUCAACUCAUCCUCACAUUCAUAUGUAACUUUUUUAUAAAAAUAAAUGUUAUGCUUCAUUUGAAAAUUGAAGUAAAAAUUUCACCUUCCUACCUCAAAUUUUCCUAACAUCCCUCUAUUACUUACUCAUUUUCAUUUUCAGUCUGAAACUAAUCAAUCAACUCUCCUUCAUUCAUCAGCCAACAGGUAUCGUUACGUUCAUUCAUUCAUUCAUUUAUUCAUCUAUCAUACUAAUUCAACUAUACUCGAAGUACUCUUCUAUUUUAAGAUUCUACUCUCUUCUGCUCAAGAAUCAUUCUUAUUUAUUUUUCUGAAUUUAUCCCAACAGGCCUGAAAGUGGACAAGAAAAUGAAUGGUGGGUUGAGGGUGAGACAGAACUUGUUGGAGCCUGAGUGCCUCGUCUCAAUGGAUAACCAAGUGAAAGCAAGUGCUGCUUCCUCGUCAGCAGCGAGAAUACUCACUUCGCCUGCAAUGUACAACAUGGCGGCCAGGAAUGCAUUCGAAGAUGUGUCCAUCAAGAGUCCUGUCGGAUGUCUUAGAAGAGAUACUGGAGUACUGGGAGGCAGAGGUCUAUCGCUGAUGAACAUGAACUCUCGUCAGGGCAUCGAGAACUGCUACUAUGAACACUUUAUACUCGACUACCGGGUUCCUCACCACACCACCUCCCUCUCCAACAACGGAGCCUUGGGUGGGCUGGGGGGCGGGGGCGGUAACGUUGGCAACGGCCCCGCUCCGGGGACGGAACGCAUCACGAUCGACUCUGUCAUGUCGUCGAUGAAACCGCGCAAAACCAAAUUCCCGGCGCUCGCGUUUUUCAGCUGCGAAGACUGCGGCCGCUGUUACCGCUCCAAGACCAGCCUGGGUCUGCACAAGCGCCUCGAGUGUGGCAAGGAACCCACCUUCCAGUGCCCCUACUGUCCGCUCAAGACCCACCAGAAGGGCAACCUCAACGUGCACAUCAAGAAGAAGCACACCAAUGUGCCCCACUUGCCCCACAUGGAUGGCGAUCAGUCUGAUGGUGGCGAGCACCCGAGUUAUUUGCAGAGUCAGGACUCGUCGCAGGAUUUGGUGGUGGCCGAAGAGAAUCCACCAAUCAUCAGCCAGGACUCGUUGACCAAUUCCAGUAUCUAAAGAUUUCUGCCAAGCUAGAACAACACAAAGUUACUUCUAGCAUAGUCGUCUAUGGUCCAAGCUCCGUGAAUAACAGUGAACGCAAAUUCACUGUUGCGAAUAUACAAGAAUGAUUUUUUACUUCCUGCUAUAAAGUAGCAGGCUACCAUUAGGUCGCGAAUGCGUUUUGAAUCAAGAUGAUUUGAUCUUCGCCGCUUUCAGCUACAAGGCUUUGCAUUUCAUAUAAGAAAAUAAUUGAUUAUUUCAUUUAUCUUAAUGAUACUCUCAUCAUCUUGAUGAUACAAGUCAUCACAAACAUCUAAUUCAUUUGAUACUCUGAAUUUAUUUUAUGAGAGUUGUAGCUCAAAGGAACGAAGAUAAAACUCAAUGCUUCUUAAAUGUAUGUACUGUAUAGCAAGAAGGAAAAAUAAUUUUUGUAUAAUUUAUCAAAGAACGGGCUCGUCUCAUGAAAAUCCAUAAAACUUCAACCAGGGGCAUGUUUCAAAAAAUCGAGAAGUUUUGUAAAACGGAAAUAGCUGAUACCAGUAUUCUCACACACUGGACAAGCCAUAUUCGAUUACAUAUAGGUUGUUCUAUGUAUUUUUAGUAUGUGCAAAUGUUACUGUCAGUUGUUCCCGUUGUAUGAGAUAUCUAAUUUUUUAUAAAGGAGCCCCAGGAUGGAAAAAUUGUCAAGUCAAAUUCGCAUUCAAGUCGUCAUAAAUCAUAAAUAAGAAAGGAUUUGCUAGGGUUUGAAGUGCUCGUCUAUUAUUCACAACCUUAGGUCGCCAUUGCUAAACUAUAAGAAAAUGCUCUGCUGGUUUUCCUUGUUAUACAUUACUGCGCCGCCAUUUUUAAUGUAAUAUAUAUUAUUCCUUAUAAUCAAGGAGGUAUUUGCUGAUAAAUUCAAAUCAGUUACAAACUUAGCUGUAAGGAAGGAUGUCUGCGGGUUUUCUGUGUUAUAUAAAGCCGUUAAUUCUUGCAAAUAGGAUAGGAUUCAUUGAUGAUCCCCACGGGUUUGUUUUAGUCAUAGCUGCAAGAUUAUUUCUUUGGUGACAAGACAUUGUGAUAGGGUUUGUUGUUAUAUUGAACAAUACAAUUGUUCUUGAAGCAAUACAAUUGCUUUUUAAUUUCAAUCAACUGUUACCCACUAUGUCAUAACAUUUUAGUUUUUUAUAGGUGUGUGUUUUUUACAGUUUUUUUAUCACUUGUGUGUGCUGUAGAAGCAGAUUGUGCAAUAUUCCAUAUUAAUUCACUUUUUUUGAAAUUUUAGUAAUUUUUUCAUUGUGAUAGGAGUUAAAAGAUGCUUGUCUACAAGCUAUUACAAAUCAAUAUUAUUAGCAAUAACACUUAUAAUUAUUUGUUUUUUUUUAGUAAUAAAUAUCAUUAGUUUUAAUUUACAAUUAUAGAUCAACAAUUCACAAAAAACGUGAAAUUUUUACAAUACCAUAACAACUAAACACAAAUUUAAUUCCCUUGUAUUGGGCCUACCACUUGAGAUUUCCUGAGCCCGAAAGGUGUCAAUGGAAUAAAAUUCCACUAGAAGUGGUGACUACCAAUGUAAGUGCUAACUAGAUUUCGAACAUUAGUUCUUGAAUUAUAUGUUCAUCCAAUUUCAUUUAUUGUACAAAGCACUAUAUAAUCAUAAUAUAAUUAUGACCAUGGGGAAAAACUAGGCUGAGCCUGUAUCAUUUCUCUUAUUGAAUAGUAGUUUAGUUCAAAUAUUUUCAUUGUGAACUUGGUGGCUACUUAUAAAAUAUUCCUAUUCCCUACAGACUGUAGGUUGAAUACUACUAAUAGUCCUUCUUCACUGCGAAAUCAUGAUAAAAUAAAAUAAAUAAUGAUUAAUAUAGAUUACCUUGAUGAGCUUCACAAACCUUGGCAAAAUUAUGCCUAUAAAUACUGUAGUUUAUUGUUACAAGGGUCCUCAAUUGAUUAUUUUUCAAAAUCUUCAGAUUGAUUAGCAACCGGAAAGUCAGUUACUGUUGUCAUGUAGCGUUGACAAGUAGACUUGCACCCUCUACAGUUACUAUUCUAUUUAUGUACAUCUACAAGCAAUUAGUCAAUUCCACUCAGAAACACAUUUGGAAUUACAGUAUCAGAAUCAGUCAUUCACCCUUUGGCAAUGUCUUGUUAUCCAAAUGGAAUCCCAACCAAAUAUUAAUAUUACAGCAGUACAAAGAAAUUAUAUUAUCCUAACUCAGAUAUUUAUACAUUGUUCACUUAUAGAAAUAGAUUGUUGCAUUCCAUUGUUAUUUUGUCAGGGUUAUCUUCAUAUUCAAUACUAUGGGGAAAUUUUGUAUCCAAAAACUGUUUCUAAGUGAUUCUCAAAUUAAAGUAGACUACAGUUUUAAGAAAAAUCAAUAAUUUGAGAACCACAUUGAAAUUAAUUUCAACCAGUAUUUUUUAUACAACAGUUUUAACAUAUAAUACGAUUUUAUGAAACUAAGUAAAUGAUUCAGUCACACAAGAUAUUACUUUUUCUAUUGCUAAGGAACUGUCAAAUGUUAAUUUAUUCAACCAAAGAAUUUUUUAUUAUAUUUUAAAUUUAUAAAUAUAUCUCUGAAGUCUACUUUCAUAACACAAUACCUACCACAAUAAUUUUUAAUGAAUACUUUUUUGUACGUGAAUAUUUAUUUUUCUAUCCUAUUGUAAUUAGUAGUGAUAUUACAGGUUCGAUUCCUGGUUAGAUCUGGUCGAUUAAGAUCUGACAUCCGAACAAUACUAUAUUCUUUCUAACCGCCAACCAAAAAACUUGAAUUCAAGGAUAAUAAGUUCGUCGAAUCUCAAUAGAUAGGCUAGGGUCGAAUAUAGUAUUACUCAGGCUACAUACAUGAUCUGAGGAAUUAUAUUGUAGUAUUCUUGACAGUUACUUAGCAUUAGUUAAUUUGUGUAUUGCUUUUGAUUACAAGAAACAUUAUUGUUCAACAAAUAAUUAUUAUCUAUUUGUAUGAAUAAGAAUUAUUAAUAGUAUUUUUUUUAUACAACGAAGGAUCUCAAUAAUUUGUUUCAAUAAUGCUUGGCUCUGGUUUGAUGAGAGAUUUUCUCAGUCAUAAGCGAAGGUUCAGUAAUGAGGAAUUCUCAUCAAUUAUUGAUUCAAUUUUUGUCGAUUAUCAUCACGUUGUAUAUGCUCACCAAUAGAAUGACUAGUUAGGGUACAUUUUAAGCUUAACUUUUUGUUAAUUCUUUUACAUUGCUUUAAUACAUCAGUGUUAUUAUUUUGUUAAUGUUUUUUUUUGUGUUGCAUGUUUUAUCAUUUUCAUGGGCGGACAAUUUGAAUUCAUGAUUAAUAGUACAGCUCUAAACUUCCAACAAUAAUUAGAUUCAUAAUUAUGUCUUUUUAGACAUCUUGUCAGGUAAAUUAAUCAGAAUUUAAAAAUCAAUUUGUCCGCCCAACAUUGUGACGUUCUACCUCAUUAUUUAGUCUGAGAUUCUAUGUAACAGAUCUACCUCAUUUUGUCUUGUUUUGUUCUUUAUAUGUAUUUUAUACAAAGUAUUUGAUUUAUCAGAGUAUAUUUAGGUAUUGUAUAUUGUUUUUAUAUUAUUAUUGAUUUAAUUGUGAGUUUGUAUAUUAUUUUACUUUAAAUGCAUUUUUCUCUCUACAGUACCUGGUUUUCUAUUGUCAAUUCUGGUUCAUAGGAACCUGGUUUAAAGGAAUAAAAUAUUAUAUAUUUAGGAAUUAGUUAUAUUUAUCAUGUAUACGGGUAACAUAGCACGUGUGGUUUCUUAAUAGUCAACAUUAUUUCAUUCAAAUAUUCAGUACAAAAAUCGACUUCUAAAUGAACAUUUCUAAUUACUUGUGUUAGAGUCUUCAAUUUUUGGAAGUUCUAAGGUCUAAGCGAUUGUUUGUAAUUAGAUUUGAUAAAUUGGAAAAAAUCGCACAUUCUUGGGAAUUCUCUUCAACAAUUUGUAUACGAAAGAUCUCAUCUACUUAUAGAAACUACUUAUUUGCUUUACAAGACAACCUUUCAUUGUCUACGUUUUAUUUUCUCUGUACCUGUACAUUUUACAAAUGCAUAUCCUCUACUGUUACUAGAUUAGAUCUCUUCAAUUUCUCUCAUAUUGUUGAGUUUAUCAAUAUAUUGCCAACAUUUUACACAAUAAGUAUUACAGUUAUACCGUUUUAUAAAGAUAUUUACAGUUUUAUUUUGUACGUCAGUUAGACAAUAGUUGGUUAUUUAACUCUGAAUGACUGUAUUUAGUAUUGUUAGUAGUGGUGUCAAUACCAUUGCAUUCUAAACCGGAGUACAAAUAAUUGUAUACAUUUAUAUAUUGUCAUAUUUAAAUAGGUAUAUUACAAGACAUAACAUAGCAUAUAUAUAUUUUUUACAAUCUUCAACUUUAAUUUUAUGUACAGUUUUCCACAUGCGAGGUAUGGUUCAGCAAUUGUAUAAUACUAUUGAAGACUGCCGUAAAUAUAGAUUGUAUUAAUAGGUAUAGUUUGUUGUUAUUGCAUUAUGUACUGUUAAAUAAUGUGCUACGUUCAAGUAAAAGAACACUGGAGUGUUUUGAAAUCAUGAAAAUUGAAGGUCUUUUCGUAAAGGAAAAAAUUGUCACAAUUCAUUAAUUAAUCGAUUUAUUAUAAAAAUUAGGCAUCAAAAUUAAAGAACUAUCAGUUCUGUAUGGUUUGAUCCACCAUGAUUUUCAUGUGUCAUGAGAAGCAAAAAAUUUUAAUAUGAAUAUUAUGAAACAAAAUUGGAUCAUUAUUGACCUUCAAAAAAUAGUGUAGCAUGUUCCAUGUUUCCAACAACUGAUCAUUAAAUAUUGUUGGGAUUAAGACGCUCAAAUAGGCCUACUGUUAUUAUAAACACUGUGAUGAUCCUUAUAUGACCAAUAGUAUUGUUCGUAGUCAGGUAAAUGGUUAUUUUAUUGUUAUCUUUUUAUAGAGUUGUAUCUUUCAAUACACCAAGAUGCCUUCUCCAGAUAUCUCAUUAAAUAAUUAGUAACUCAGUAGUUCAUAUCAUAGUAGUUCAUAAACUCAUUGACAUUUUUCAUUGACAAUAGUUUUAUUUUUCAAGCGUUUUUGUGAUCAGUAGUCUAUAAUUAUUUUUCUUGUUCAGGAACUUAAUUUCAAGACCUUUGGAGAAUGUUGUUGGAAAUUUGAGUACAAAAUUGUAAUAAAAAAAAUGUAAAUUAAACGUUUAUGAAAUAGGGGCAAAAUUACAAGUUAUCAAAACGUGUUGGUAAUAGAGCAUAAAAUUGUAUUUUAUUGCCAAAAAGUAUUGGACAUCGGGCACAAAAUUUUAGUCUCUUGAGAAAAUAUGAAAAGGUAAUUGUCAUUUUAUCGUCGAAAAUUGGAAGAAAUUUAGGGCAAAAUUGUCAUUUUUUCUAUAAAUGUGCAAUUGAUUGUGAUCGUGAAUAGUCAUUAUGUUGAUCUUUCACUUGUAUAAUAUGUCAUAAGCCAAAGACAAGAGCUGUUUGAAGGGGAGUGACUUGGACUCAAUAUUAUUGGAACUCAAUAUAUAAUCAGUAGUAUUUCAAUUAUGGAUUCUACACGUGAAAUCUUCAUCUCCUAUAACGAUUUUACAAACCUAACUUUUUUGCGUUUAUACUCACUUUUAUACCGUUAAAACUAUAGUAAAAUUCACUUGUAACUUUCAGAAUUCCUUAUAAAUAACAUCAAUGCUCCCUAUGCAAACAAUGCUGAUAGUUCUAAAAUGAAUCUCACUGUUGGCCCAUUUUUGAGUUCCAAAUAAUUGAAUCAAUAGUCAUCCCUCUCCAACUACCAUUAUAUCAUCUGUUAUCUCUUGUUAGUAAAUGUAAUCAAAAGUAAUAGUGAAUAAAUAUUAGAAUAAGUACCGCAUCUGUAUUCAGGAAAUGAAAUAUUUCAUUCAUACGAUAUAUUUACCUUAGCAUUAAUAGUUGAUUAAUAGUAUACGCAUUUUAGUUAUCAGUUGUUGAAUUCAUACCUCGCCUCAAUAAACCUGUGUGUUCAUUAUGCAUUCAAUACAAAGAGUUUUUAUAAAAUACUGGAGACAUAAAAUGCGCUAAUUUUAAAAACUGCCAUUAAAAAGACACUGCACGUAUUACAACACUCUUUAAGUAGAUAUACUGUAUAAGCAAACCUGAAUUACACAGCUCUGCAAUCACCGUCAAAUGAAGUUUUCUACCUCGUUUUAGCUUGACUGAUCCUUUAAUGGUGGUUCUUUAAUUUGAUAUAUCUACACUUAUUAAAGUGCGCCUCCAGUGUUUUAUGCAGGCUCAAAUGAACAUCUUAGCUUACAAUAUUGCCUUAACCAAUCAAUUACAUGUUCAUCUCUAUAAAAUAAAUCAGUUAUCGAUAAUAUUUGAUCGAUUAUUUGUACUGUUUGUUGGAAUUGAGUUGUUUUAAAUCUAGUUCAAAUAAUCGAUCGACAUCUAUCGCUUGUUAGACAUGCUUGUUCAUUUUGAUGAUGAAGUGAGAUAUUAUCGAUUGCAUGUACGUGUACAGUAUUCUAUCAAUUAUUUAGAGUAAUCAAACAUCACAAUUGUUAAAAAAUCUAGUCAUUUUAUAUCUCUGAUAUUCUACAGUAUGUGCAUAAAUUAUCUAAUAAUGUGUAAUAGGUCUCUUAAUUCAUCAUCAAAAUAAACAUCAACAAUUCAUUCGGGUUUCAAAUACUGAAGGGUUUUUUGAAAUUCGGAUAAAAUUCUGUGAAAAUAGUAUUUUUCGAUUUAUUCGAAUUUCUUGGGCGCUCUUCAGUAUUGCAUCUGAAGUGCCCGUUGAUUACAAUGUAAAUACAUAGGACUUACAAUAAUACAAAGUACAAAUCCAUUGACCUCUUCCAUAGAUAUAUUAAUAUAUAGUUUAUUUUUUACAGAAUUGUAGUUUGCAGUUCACAUGUAUUACCUAGCUGCUUGCUCCUCCUGUUGAUUCAAUUUGAAUGGAAUUCAGUAUUUGGAAAACAUUGGCAAUUUAGUUUUUUUUUCAAACUUAUUAUUUUCACUUUGAUGAGGAAUGGCUUCAGUUGAUUGGCAAAUUGAACAAAAAAAAUAAGUGUAGUAAAAAAAUUCAAAAGACAAUUGUUGCCAAAAAAUUAGAAUUAAUUUAAAAUUGGAGCUAAAAUCUUUUUGUGUAUUAAUUUUUCUUGUGAUAUAUGAAAUACUUCUUGUAUACUGUGCUUUUGUACGUCAAUAUUUUUAUAUAAUCAUAGAAAUAAUAAGUUUUGUAAUUAUUACAAAUAGUGUAUUACUCAUUACUAUAAUAUUAAUAAUGUACAAAGUACAAUAGGUAUCCUCUCAAGUUAGUUCAAUAAGUAUUGUAUACGAAAAACUACUCUAUACCAAACACUCUGUUCUAGAAGUGUGAAGCUUUGACUAAGUUGACUUCUCUAUUAUCUCUCUAUACUUCAAGAUCCAAUUUCUAAAUUGACUUCACAAUUUCGAUGAAUCAAAAAAAAUUUUUUUGUCAGUGUAUGCUGAUGAGUUUUGUAUCGUAAUCCAAUACAUUGAUCAGUAUUGUUUUUCCAUAUUGUAAUAUUUUGAAAUUACAAUAACUUUUGGGAAUGAAAAUUUAAUGGCAUGAGUGUUUUAAUAGGCUAGUAAGAAUUGAAUAUUUCUACAGUAUUAAUGGCUUGUAUUGAUAGAUUGCUUGAAUGUUUUUCUAAUUUUUGGAAUUUCAUUGGUGUUUCAUAAUCCAAAUUAUUUUGGAGUUAGUUUUGAAAGUUUGAUUGGAAGCAGUUCAAAAGUUUUUUUGAAUGCGUUCAAUAAGAUAACGUAUUUGUUUUUUACUUCAAUUUUUGGGUCUACAGUUGAAUAGAUAAGGGUUUUUUCACAUUUGACACCUAUUAGUGCAACUUUUUCAAUACUUUAUAUUUUGGGUUUUGUACUUGUAGACCUGUAAAAAUUAUUGGAAUUUGAUUGAUAAUGCGUAGAAUAAUUCCCAUUUCAACUCUAAAAUAAUAAAUUUCAUUUUCACAUUAUUAUUUUUCCUCAGUUCUCAAUUUCAAUUCGAAUAGUAUUUUCUUCUAUUUAUAACAUUUAACAUCUCAACCAAAGGAAAAAUGAAUUUCAUAGUCUAGUUCUGAGUAUACGUUUUUAAAUUAUGCAAUUUCUAUGUAUACUGGAUAGAAAAAUAGGUUAAUAUACUUCUAAUAGUUGUUAGUGAUAAACAUAAUACCUCUAUUUUAUAUGAAUAGAUAAAUAUUUUGCUUAUGUUCCCAAUAUAAGUGGAAGACUUCUAUAAUAAUAUCAUCUCUAAAAUGUAUAAUACAUUACUCAAAGAAUAUGAUAGAUUCAUCAAAUAGUAGUGUUAUUUUAUAUAAGUAUACGAUUAUGAGUAUUCAUUAGGUUCAAGUUUACACUUAUCAGUCAGAAAUCAAAUAAUUUCAUUUUACCUACAGAUUUUCCUGAUAAACGGUCACAUUUCAAGUACUAUUUCCUGAUAAUUAUUAACCUUGAAGUUCUACUCUUCUCAUGGACAAUAACCCCCUCAAUACUGAAUCCAUUUUCCAUUGUAAUGAAGAAUCAUUCUAUUACUCUAUUAUUUUAUUUCCCCCCCCCCCACUGAAGUUAUUAUUUGAUGUCACGCUUUACAGAUUGAAUCAUCAGGCUCAGUUAAUUCACUUCACUAUGCUCUUCAUAAUCGUGCAAUUUUCCAAAUCUCAAAUUUAAAUCCUUUAUGCAAUUUGUUUCCACCUUCAUGACCCACAUAUGAACAUUGCUAAUCAUUAAGCUAUAUCACACUUUUGAAUUUAAAUUCAUCUCUGAAUUCAACCUUGAAAACUGCAUUAUCAGUUUUAUAGUAACAUUUUUGACUGAUUUAAAAAUGUAUUAUAUAACUUUUUAAAAUCAUUUGGUACCAAGUGACAUUUAUAUUCAGUUUUUCAAGUUUCAACAAGAUUCACAUUUUUCUAAUUUACACUCUCACCUAGUAUGUAUGUUUGCUGUUUGAUAUUUAAAAAAUUGACGGAAUUUUACAGUUUUCUGUAUAAAUUACAAGAACAAUAACUAGAUAAACCUUUCCUCUAAGAGUUUUAAAGUGAAAUGUAUGUAAUUUGUUACAAUAGCAAAAUGUUUGCAAAAUUUUAGUUCUUUGUGAGUAUAUUGUGGUCAUUUUUACAAUGUUUUGCAUGUGAUGAUUGUAUCAAUGUACACAAUACAUUUAUAUUUGUAAAACAGUAAUUUAGUAAUAAAACCGUAAUGAUGA